CCUUGGCCAGGUCGUUACAAAAAGUUAUACAAAUAUUUAUACAAAACCUUAUACAAAACAUUAUUAAGAAAAUUAUUAAAAGAAUUAUUAAAAGAAUUCUUUAAAAAAAAAUCUCGUCCCACUCUUCCCCGCAACUGCAGCGGAUCACGGGGGUAAUUAGGGAUAAAAUUCGAACUAAACAACGCCCGACCUUGAAACUCGUUACUGUAACAUCCUCAAACUAACAAAAGAGUUGCCCUCGAGCAAAAAACAAAACAAAACUCAUCCAUUAUUCUCUACUGGAAUUCUUAUUCAAUACACAAUGGGCGACCCUGAGAGAUACGAAGCAUACCGGGUCCUACAACGUAACGAUAUCCCAUGCGUCGUAUGGCUCGAGGAUGCGCUCGGGCACUACGGCAUGAAUACUGUCUUGUUCCGACUUCACAUCAUCGUCGCAUCGAUUGACACUGCCACUGAAGCGCUUCUGCUAAAAGGGUGGACAAUAUACAAACCGCGACCAAAUGAUCUGCAAUCGUUCCUCUCGGACAUGCCUACUUCUAGCUAUCGCCGCUUAUUACCUCCGGAUUGGGUGGAUGAUCCAGUAGAGCCCUGGCCGCCUUUGCCUCCUGAUCAACAGGUGCAAACGCAGCCUGAACUCGUACUUUUUUCAGCCGAUUUCUGGAAUAUCUCUCUUUAUGGUAAUAAAUCCAUGUUUCCUCCGCUAGAGAUGCUUGUCGACUCCUUAAUCACCGCCACACUAGACUCGCCCGAUGGAUCUUUUCUACAAAGCCGUCUAAGUGUUUACAUAUGCGCUUUAUACUCUGAAAUAACGGGUGUAAAACAUGAUGAUCUCGUGGCAAGCCUGAGUCCUGCUAAUCGGCAUUUUCACCAUGACGGAGUGAAUGGUAUAAGAGUCACAACCAUUCCCGGAAUAAAACGACAACGAGAGUUUCGGGACAAACUAAGGGAGUCAUGUAUAGUGUCAGAACCGGUUGUGAACAGAGUGGAGGGUGAUAAUUGAGUGUAUCUAAGACUGAUCCCUUGGUUUUCUAACUGUAGGCCGAUGGCCUACAGUUAUAGAACCAGCGCGCCCGCGUGGUGUAGCUACGACAGACAAGCCGUGAUGUAUGAAAUAAUAUUGGUCACACCUCUUUUUCAACAA